CCAUGAAGAACAAUUCGACCCAUGCUCUCAUCAGUAAGCGACAAAGAUGGCCGCCUGUGGGCUAUUCCGCUCUCUGUCUUCCAAUUUUUUCACAGUUUUGCCUUUACUUACCCGGUCGGCUCCACUUUUUCCGUCGCGGCUGGCCUCUAAACCUUAUUUUGGAAGAACGCUAGCCUCUUCUAGCCGAUUAACAGCAGCACUUAAAUUCACAGACAAACACGAAUGGAUUCGAGUAGAAGACGACGGAAUUGGGACUGUCGGUAUCAGCAACUAUGCGCAAGAGGCACUGGGAGAUGUAGUUUACUGUGGACUGCCAGAGGUGGGAACACAGCUGACUCAGCAGGAUGAGUUUGGAGCUCUGGAAAGUGUAAAGGCAGCCAGUGAGCUCUUUUCCCCUUUGACUGGAGAAGUUGUCGAGGUCAAUGCACUACUCGCAGAGAACCCUGGUCUGGUCAACAAAUCUUGCUACAAAGAUGGUUGGCUGAUGAAGAUGACCAUUGCCAACCCUGCAGAGCUUGAUACUCUAAUGGACGAGGCAUCCUAUGAGAGAUACAUCCGCUCCAUUGAGGACUAACCUAACACCUCCUAAUAAGUUCUCCCUCUCUUCUCUUCACACACCACUGGCAGGAAGAUCCACAAGUUGUGCCUGUCAGUUACAACAAGUCACAAUGCUUAGCAUCCACCAGGGGAGCUCAAGAACUCCAGAUUGCUGACCUGCCAGUGUUGUAGAGCUGUGAACAUUAGGAACCCUUAUCUACUGCUAAAAGACUGACUUUAGGGGGCUGGUCAAUCUCCACUGACUAAAUCCAAUGUUGAGUUGUUGCAGCCUCAAAUCCCCAAACAGAAGAGACAGACUCACAGUCAAUAGAAGUUUCCAAGCAUUUCAGUCAAAACUUGAAUUUCUGUUGUAGGACAUUGUUAGACUUAAAAAAGCACUUUGGUCUUUAUGGUAUUAAUAAUAAUGUUGGUCUGCACCGCAUGUAUGACAGCUACACUGUAGACAUGGGACCUGUAAAUUAGAAAAUAAACAUUUCCUGAAACGUG